ACGGGCCGCGCCGGGGGUGUCGCCCUGUCGAGACCAGCGCCCAGUCCGUGUCCGUGAGUCGACGGAGGGAAGGGGGAGCAAAUGGGAGCUCGAGGUUCUUCGCUGUUGCCACUCCAGCGUGGGAGCGAGGAGGCAGGGCAGCUUCUGAGCAGCCACUUCCUCCGCAUGGGUUUCGCCUGCCUGCUCUUGAGAAGCUGAGCGUGUGUGUGUGUUGGGGGGGGAAACGAGCUCCUGGUGGGUUUUGGGGUUUCUUAAUUUCGGGGAGGGUGUUGUAGCAUCCCUUUUCAAGAGGAGCAGCAAAGCUGCUCUGAGCGCAAGCGCUGUGUCCCUCUCUUCAGCGGAGGCGCUGGCGGUCCGGACCCGGCCCAGCCCGGGUGCCAGACGAGAGACGAGGCUGCGCGUCUCGCAGGUGGCGAGCACCAGGGGAAGUGGGUGGUGGUGGGGGGGUGGAGAGGAAGUGUGUGGAGCUGACGAAACGGGGGCAGGCUUCUGUUGAGCCGCAGGGCCGCCCGUGCCCAGCACCCUCCCCCCAAGCGCACAGGAAACUGACUGCGGAGCACGGCCGCGUUCUGGCGCCAAUUCGUGUGACGGCAGAACAUCUCGAGACGGAGAGGAGGCAGCGGCUCUUCGUGCGGCGGGCCAAGACACGGGGCGCAGCGGGAGACAAGAGGUCUGGCCGGAGGUACCGGCAGAGCGUCUGCGGGGAGGGAGAGGAGGACAGCACCCCGACUGUGAGCAGGGGGCGGCCCACGGGCCCUGGAUCAGCGAGGAGACCCCCCCGGCCGAGCUGAGGCACCGGAGGUGGGCACACCCCCGCACGCCCGGGGGGCAGAGGUGGGGGAGAACCGGGAUAUGCCCGAGGACAGAUCCCGCCUAGGCCAGCGGACCUGAAGCAGCCGGAGCAGGGGGCGUGCCGCGGAGGGAUGCUGGCGUCGGGAACGCCAGGGGCUGGACGGGCAGGACGGACUCCUCUGGUCGAGGUCUCGGCUGAAGGACGGAGCACCAGGGGCUUCGGUAACUCACUCAGGGACUCGGGGGCAGAGCAGGAGACCUGAGCUGAGAACUUCCUGAUAUUAAAAAAACCAGCUGUCCUCCAGACUGCAUUCCAGCUGAGCCGCGGGCGAGCUUCUGGAGCGACACGGAGCGACGCAGCAACCCAGAGCAGAUCUUUCUAUAGCGCCUUUCUUCCCCCUGGGGCUUGAGGCUUUUUUUUACAGGCCUGCAGUAAGUUUGUUUUGCCUCGAAUUCUGCAAGGAAUCUGAAACGACAGCGUUUUAGUUUCUACAGCGGAGAAGAUCUCCUGUUCUGUGACCACAGCUCUGCGGCUCCUCCCUCUCCCCGAUUCCGAUACUGGAGCGCCUCCCGCCUCCCACCCAGGGGGGCUGAAAGGAUGGCCUCCGUGCCCGUCCCGGGGUCCCCCACCGGCCGCCCCGCCUCUGGAGACCCUCGCCCGGGACCGUCCUCGGCCCCACCCGCACCGGGGCGCCCCCCCCAGAGUUCCGAGGAGCAGGCCGGCAGGGGACCCCCGGCCAGGUUCUCCAUCAGGCCCGCCAGCAGCCGGUCCGCGGGGGCCGUCUCGGGGAUGAGGCGCCCCAGCCUGCUGGAGCUGCGCAGCAUCUUCGAGGGGGACCCGGAGGCCGGGGGACCCCGCUCUCCGCCGCGGGAGAGCCGGAGGAGGGAGAACUCGGAGUCCGGGGGGGGCGAGACCAGAGGCGCAGCCAGAACCGGACCUUCGAGCGGAGGGGCCCUCCCCCCCAGGGUGGUCCCCAAACCGCCGGUGGAGACCAGCGCCGCCCAGAUGAGGAACAAGAGUCCCGCCCCCCUCUGGCCGGGGUCCGGCAGUUGUACCCCCGGAACCGCCAACCCAGGCGUGGACCGGCCCGGCUGGAAACAGGACUUCCACGACCGCAGCAAGAGCCUGGACUGGCGGGAGUCCAGCAGGGCGGGGCCCGGGUUCGAAAAGGAGGCCAACGGACCUGUCCGGACCGCCGCCCCAGAGGAGAGGAAGCCCGGGGCGACCCAGUGGGGCUCCAGCCCCCCGAGACCGCCCUGGAACCAGGACCGGGGUGGGGGCUCGGACCAGCGGGCCGCCCGGGUCUUCUCGGAGACGGCCCCCGGCGCGGACCCCCAGCGGAGGGGACGGCCCGCCUGGAGGAGGGGGGACGAGGAGCGGGCGGCGGCGUGGGUCCGAUCGGCGUCGCUCGACAGCGCGCCCCGACUCGGAAACCCUCCGGCAGAUCCGGACGGGGAGGAAAAAGCCGGAGGAGGAGACCCCUGGGUGGGGGGCCCACCCGCGGGGUCCGAUCCCAGGGGUAGCCGUCCCAGAACUGGCACCGAGGACGAGUGCGACUCUCCGGCCCCGAAACCCACCGUCCCCGACAGCAGGACGGCUGCUGCCCCCCAGGAGGACACCUCCGAACCCGGGUCGCCCCUUGUUGUGGAGGGGCCCCUCCCCCUGGGCCCCAUCGCAGGCAAUUUCAACAACAACUCCAGCAACGGGCUGCCUCCCAGUCCGCUCGCCCGCGCCGGCCUCGCUCCGCCUUCCAGGCCAGCGGGUCACCUCCCGGACCUGGUCCCCUCCGGCCUCCUCCGGGAGCCCCAUCCCGGGAAAACCCCCUUCCCGCGGACGUGCUCCCCCGGACUGCCACGGCCCCCGGACCAGACCGGGGAGAGCCUCCGUCCGCCGCCGCCUGCGGCCCCCGAAUCCCGGGACACCUGGGGGCGCUGGAGCUCGGAGGAGGAAGACUCCCGUUCCGAGAGCUCCGAGAGCUCCGAGGGCCACGACACGGAUUCAGACCGCUCGGAUUCCGGCUCCUCUUCGUUGACGAUAACCAGUAGCUUCAGCCAGUCGGACAGGCGCAGCUUCUCCGUCAGUCUGGCGGACCUGUGCGGCUUGGGGGGCGCAGACGACUGGGACGACUCCGACGCGGAGGACAGCCGGUCGCUCCGCUCCGCCUCCCUGAGCUCCAGCAUGUCCUCCGCCCUGUCCAUGGUGUCCAUCAUCCCUCACGACGAGCUGGAGAGCCUGCUGGACGACGUGAGGGCGGCGGGGGAGGAGACCCUGGCGUGUCCACGGCUCGGCACUCCGCUGUCCGGCCAGGGGGCAGUGAGCUCCCUGCGCACGGCCGGUCCGGACCGUAAUAACGGGAGCGUCCGGCUGUGUCCGCAGGUCCACCGGGUGUUCCCCUGCGGCCUGGCGGCCCAGGAAGGCUCCAUCCGCGAGGGCGACCGCGUGCUGUCCAUCAACGGCACCGCGCUGCAGGCGGCCGCCCACUGGGAGGCGCUGCGGACACUGCGGAGGGCGAGGUCCCGAGAGCAGGCCAUCGUGGUGCUCCGGAAGGGGACCUGCACCCCCGCCGCCACCGCCGAGCCCCAGGGCACCCAGCCCCACGGCCUCCCCACGGGUGACGCCCAGCCAGGGAAGACCGUGCAUCUGAUCCUCACCAAGAGCUCCUCGGACCUGGGCUUCAGCCUGGAGGGGGGGCGCGGGUCCAACCAGGGGGACAGGCCCCUCACCGUCAAGAAGGUCUUCCCGGGCGGCCCCGUCGACCAGGUGCUCCCCGGAGACGAGGUCCUGGAGGUGAAAGGUCGGAGCCUGCGGGGCUUGAGGAGGCUGGAGGCCUGGAACUGGAUCAAGAUGCUGCCCCCUGGGCCGGUGGAGGUGUUACUGCAGCGCCCCUGCAGACUGUAGGGAGAGGAGGAAGAGAGAGGGAUGAGCUUGUCUGGCCCUGUAACCAGCACAUGGGGGACAGGGGUUCAGGGCACAGAGAGAGAGGGGAGACAGGGGUUCAGGGCACAGAGAGAGAGAGGAAUUCAGGGCAGAGAGAGCAGUGAUAAGAUUCAGACAUGAACACAGGCAGAAAAUCAGGAAGCUACACAGAGCAGCUGAAUGAAGAGGGGGACAAGAAUUUGCAGCAAUUCAUGUUUCAGCAUCUUUUAACAUUUUGUAUAACAAUCUUAAAAAAACAAAAAAAAUGGCUUGUUAAUAAUAUCUUGUUAACGUCCCCUAAAAUCAAAAUCUUAAUUAUAAACUUUUGUGCUUGCUUUAAAUAAAUGUGUUGUAAUUCA